AUGGGAGGAACGACAUUCAAGAAUUGGCACGGGUCAUCCGACAGUCGCAGUGAGAGCCCUACCCCAAGAUUGAUGUUCCAUUGUUCGAUGGGAAUCAUGCCUCUUCUUGGGCAGACAAGUUUGAGCAAUUCGGGUAUAGCAACGAAUGGACGGAUGAGAAGAUGCUUCGCAUGGUUAAGAGGUAUUGUCAGGUGGAGUACCGAGAUGAGAUCGAUGAGCUGGUGCGAAUCUCCCGUAAUUGGUCAAAUUUUAAGGCGCGGUUGCUGGAGAAGUACCAACUUAGCGAUCAGUUACUCGAUCUGCGAGAUUUGAGGGCGGUGAAUCGUAAGAAGUUUGGUACUACCAAACAAUUCUUAUCGGAGUUUGAGCGAGUGGCUUGCCUAAUCCCGGAUUUAUCCGAUAAAGAUCGCUGCCUCAUCUUCCUUGAUAACUUCAACGACGUCGAACAAUCGAAGUUGGUUGAAGGGAUGCAAUGGAGGUAUGACUGGACUAAGGUCCGACAAAAUGGGCUGGUGGAAAAAUUCGACGAUAUCCUCUACCGGCUGUUGAGGCAACAAAAGGAGGAACGGGAGGAGGUGAAGCUGAGAGAGGUAAAGGACGGUGAGAUCUAUAAAACUUUGAUCUGCAUGAGAGAAAUGAUGGAAGACAUGAAAGAGGAAAGGCUGAAGUUUCAAGUCAUGCUGGCCAAAGAGAAAAAUAGUAAGAGGAAGGGGAAAGAGCCGAUGGUAGAGGAAAGUGACAGUGAAAGCGAGGAGGAAAAGGAGUCGCCUCAUGAAAAGGAAGGAAUUGUCUUCACCACGAUACGCGGUGAAGUCUUUGAUUACGAAGGGAAUUCAAUCGACCCCAACAUUGAAGGGGGUAUGAGGAAGGAGGCGUUUCGCCGAAUGGGUCGUCCCCUGUCGGCGACGUUCCGUAUUGCUUCUCCUGAAGAAGCGCAGUUGGCCGAGGUCGAGGAGGCCAUGGCUUCGUUACAUAUUGACGACUCGCCGACGAAACCAGAAGGGUUUAGGGAGCAAGUGGUGGAACGAGAACAAACCAUCACGAGGCGGCUUGCCCGAUGCCGGGACUCUAUCGUCCUACUUUGCGUGGACAUAGAGGAAGUCUGGCCUGCGUUGCCGAAUGUCUUUCUCUUCGGCGAAUGGGGUGAUAAAAGGGAAGAUGCGUCUGGCCAAGCAGGGACGUCUGCUCUGAGAGAAACAUCACAAACUGUGCCAAUGGUAAGCACGAUGCGACCUAGGCCUGUGCUAAAGAGGAGUGCCCCGACUGUAGCUGUGCAGACUCGGAUGCGGCGACGAAACGAGCAACUUCAGAAGGAAAGAGAGUCUGAAAAGGCAGUCGAAGAAGAGCCUAUCCCCGUUAGUGAGAACGAUGAGGAUAACGAGGAUGAGAAGUUGCGGGCCGAAGAGGAAGAACGGGCUCAUCGUCGUGCACUGGAAAGGGAGCCGGAGAAAGGGAAGGCCGAAGCAAGCGAGGAAGAGCCGCGAAAGAAGAAAAAUAUUUACUCGAUCCCCGUGGAGCACGGGGUCGAUAUCGAGCGACUCGUCGAUAAGAUUCUGGAAAGUCAGCGCGACUUGGUCACGCUGAAGGAAAUUUUGGCGGUCCAGAUUGGACAGCAGGAGUACUCGGCACUUGUGGAUGAUGGAGCCGAGAUGAACAUCAUUCGUGAGCACCAUGCCAUCGAAGCUGGGUUGAAGAUCAACCGAGAUGACUAUGGGUUUUUGGUGGGAGCUAGUGGAUCAACUCGAUUUUGCAGAACAGCUAGUGGCGUUCUCGUCACGAUCGGAAAGGUCAAGGUCCGUUCGUAUUUGUACGUGUUACCUAGAGUGGAACACGAGGUGCUUCUGGGAAGGACAUUCCUAUGUCGAUCGGAGAGCAUCAUCAUUAACAAGCAUGAUGGAACCAUGUUUGUAAUCCUUUGUGAUCCUAUCUGCGGUUAUUACGAAGUGGUCAAGUGUGCGAACAUUGGACCCUAUUGCUCGCGGAACCGGCUGAACCCGGAAUCCUAUAGCUUCCCGGAGUCAGAAAAGUUGAGACGGGAGAAGGAAUCGUUAGGGGAGGAGUCGAAUGCUCGUGAGUUCUCGCUGACCCUGCCUGAUAUUAGGCAGGCAAUCGAUUUUGCGUCGACACGUGCGGCGAUUGAUCCAAAUGUGGUGCAAGCCUUGACGGAAAUCAUCAUGGACACCGGAAGCGUAGGAACUAUGCGCCUCGUUUACUCCCCGUCCGAAGGGAAUAAGGGAGAAGAUCAAGAAUUACCCUCCACCCGACAGGGUCCUUUUUUAGAGGACGCAGGCUUGACACCGACGUCAAACGUAGGUACAAGAAAGUAGGCGUGAAGGCGAAGCCGGUACCUGUUCUGAUCACUCAAGAGGAGGAAGUAUAUUAUCAUGAGGAGCGCGAGUGGAUCAGAGAAAUGAAAGAGAGAGGUGAAAAGGGGCCAUGUCGAUUAACCAAAGAAAGAGUGGGAAGUAUGAUAAUUGGGGAAGAGGACCUCCUUACUAAGCAGGAAAAAAAAUAUAUCAUCGAUAUAUUGAAGGAGGAACAUCUCUCCUAUGCGUUUGAUGAUGAUGAGCGAGGAAGGCUGGAUGUCGAUAAAAUCCCGAUGAUCAG